CAUUAGUCGUAACUCUCCGUCAGAACUGAAGAUCUAAACUCCUCCAUUAUUAAAAAAUUAAAUGAAUAACGGUGUCGGAAGGAAGUUACUUUGGCCACAGAAGAUUGAGGGAUCCACCCUGCCAUGUCGGCAUUAAAUAACUGCCAUGGCCACAGAAUAUUGUUCUUCCAACCGGAAAAAGCUGUGAUAAACAUUACAAUGUUGCAGAAGCUGCUUCUGCACAAAAUGGACACCAUGAAAUUCAUAGUAUUGUUGGUCUUGUCCAUUUCCAUAAUCUCAAUUCCAUGCCUGCUCUUGUCAGCCACAAAGAAUCAUACACAUCUUACCACAACAAAAUCCAGCCUUGAACACCUACUGGACAGUUUCCUUAGUCUUAUUCCAAAGUUUAGCAGUCAGAUCUGUAACGAGAAUUCUGGAAUUGAGGUUGAUUCAGAUGUUCAGGGGCCGCUAUUUAUAUAUCCUCCACAAUACGGAGCAGAAAAGUAUUUACUCAGGAAAGCUACCUUAUUGACGAACAAAUCAUGCGAUUUAUAUUCCCAUACUUCAGCCGCAGAAGUCCUUCGGCAAAUUGAGAAAGCUGAUUUGAUUCAGAAUUCCUCCUUCAAAUAUUUAAAAUUAGGAGGAGGCACGCCUGGAUCUUCUUCAAUUCCAGUGAGCUUUGGAGCUGAUCUUGAUUUUCAAAACAGGAAGCAGUAUUUUAAGAUCUCUGAUGGAAUGGAAUUGCCAUGUGGUUUUGCAAAUUACAAUUCUCCUGGUUUCCUAGUGAGCGACGGGGACAAAGAAGCGAUGGAUAAGUGCAGAGGAUUGGUGGUAAUUUCUGCUAUAUUUGGAGGCUAUGAUAGGCUAAGACAGCCGAAGAGAGUAAGGAAAAUUAGCGCAGAAAAUGUGUGUUUUUUCAUGUUUGUAGACAAUGUAACUCUUGAGAAACUUGCAGGUCACGGGAUCGAACCUGACAAGUUUCAUAAAAUAGGAGUGUGGCGCAUUGUUCUGGUGAAGGAGCUGCCAUACAAGGAAUAUGUUAUGGAUGGUUUGAUACCAAAAUACCUUCCGCACAGGCUUUUUCCCAACUGUAUGUACACUAUUUGGGCAGACGCCAAAAUACAGCUGACUGUGGAUCCGCUGCUGAUUUUGGAGAAUCUUCUGAUCAAACAGAAGGCUGAUAUGGCUCUGUCAAGACAUGCUUACAAUAUCCACACAAUGGAAGAAGCCAUUUUUACAGUGAGAUGGAGAAAAUGGAAUAAAGAGGGCGUCAGACAGCAGAUGGAAAAUUACUGUGCCGAUGGCUUACAACCCUGGAAUAGAAAAAAGCUUCCAUAUGUUGCAGAUGUGGGCGAUACCGCAUUGAUAUUGAGAAAGAACAAUCUUCCAGCGAAUCUGUUUUCAUGCCUGGUUUUCAAUGAAAUACAAGUGUUCAAUCCUCGGGAUCAAUUGGCAUUUGCAUAUGUUCGAGAUAAGAUGAGCCCAAAAGUGAAAAUUCACAUGUUUUCAGUUGAUAUUUUCAAUACAAUUACGAAUGAAUACAGGCAUUUUAGCAAACCCAGUAUCAGUAGUAAAGAACAUGAGCCUGGUUUCAAUCAGGGAAUUUUCGUGGAUCAGGAAUUUACAGCCUGCAGAUCUUACCUGGACAUAAUGUGGAAUACAAGCAAUAAGUAAAUUGCAGUUAAUUUUUUUUAAAAGCCUCCAUUGGAGAAUGUAACUUUUAUAAUAGUAAAUACCAAUUUGAUUGAUUAUUUUUGAGCU